UUCAUAUUUCAUAAUCUUUAGAUCUUGUCAACUAUUUGUCAUGUCUAAAAUCUAAAUAAAUUGCAGUAUACGGAAUAUUCUUUUUAUUCUACUAAUAAAAUGAAUAAUAUUAUGAUUUUAUCACUUUCAUAACAAAGAACAUCAAAAUAUCAAAUAUGUGUACUCUUGCUUUACAGAUUUUAACAUUGUUGGUAAACAUAAUAAUAUAUAGUCAUGGGUUUUAUGUCCCUGGUGUCGCACCAGUGGAGUUUAAGAAAGGUCAAAGGAUCGAAGUUAAAGCAGUUAAAAUGACAAGUAUCCAUACACAGCUACCAUAUGAGUAUUAUUCUUUACCUCUCUGUAUACCAAAAAAUGGAACAUUCGUAUACAAAUCCGAAAAUUUAGGUGAAGUUCUACGAGGAGAUCGAAUCGUGAACACACCUUAUGAGGUACACAUGGCUGAAAAUAUUAAAUGUAGACUUUUAUGUCACAAACAAAAUGAUCCAAUCAAUUGGAGCGUUGAAGAGUCUGAAAAAGUUGCAAGCCGCAUUGAACAUGAGUACUUUGUGCAUUUAUUGAUCGACAAUUUACCUGUGGCGACAAAAAUCAUUAAUGUUGAUACUUCUGAACGAACAAUUGAACAAGGUUAUCACCUUGGAUUUAUGUCUAAAGGAAAAACAUACAUUAAUAAUCACCUGAAGUUACUUCUCAAGUACCACAAACAUAGCCAGGAUUCAUAUAGAGUUGUAGGUUUUGAAGUAGAAACAUUUUCUGUUGAUAAAGAUCAUAUGACUUUUGUUGAUGACUCUUGUCAAUUUUCGUCAGAAGCCAAGCCUCAGCUUGUUAAUGAGGAUACAGGGACAAAAUUAUACUUUACAUAUUCAGUGGAGUGGGGAGAAUCUGAAAUUGAGUGGGCUUCUAGAUGGGACAUAUAUCUUGGCAUGAAAGAUGUGCAAAUACACUGGUUUUCUAUUGUUAAUUCAAUUGUUGUUCUCUUCUUUUUGUCAGGUAUUUUAACAAUGAUAAUAGUCCGAACAUUGAGAAGGGAUAUUGCAAGAUAUAAUUCUGAUGAAAAAAUUGAAGACAUGAUUGAAGAGACAGGCUGGAAAUUAGUACAUGGUGAUGUGUUCAGACCACCUCCCAAGAGGAUGUUAUUUGCUGCUGUUAUUGGAAGUGGUAUUCAAAUAUUUCUAAUGUCCCUCAUAACAAUAUUUAUUGCAAUGCUGGGUAUGUUGUCACCAGCUAGCCGUGGAGCCUUAAUGACUGCAGCAAUAUUCCUCUAUGUGUUUAUGGGUCUUAUAGCUGGUUACUAUUCAGCUCGGUUGUAUAACACAAUGAAAGGAAAGCAAUGGAAACAAGCUGCAUUCUUGACUGCUACACUAUAUCCUGCAAUUGUAUUUGGAUCAUGUUUCUUUUUAAAUUUUUUCAUCAUGGGUAAACAUUCUAGUGGAGCCGUACCUUUCUCAACAAUGAUGGCACUUUUGUGUCUUUGGUUCUGUAUAUCUCUGCCUCUAGUUUAUUUGGGUUAUUAUUUUGGAUGUAGGAAACAACCAUUCCAACACCCAGUUCGAACAAACUUUAUCCCAAGAAAAGUACCAGAACAAGUUUGGUAUAUGAAUACUUUGGUUUGCAUUUUGAUGGCUGGUAUACUUCCAUUUGGAGCUGUAUUUAUAGAGCUGUUCUUCAUUUUUAAUGCUUUGUGGGAAAAUCAAUUUUAUUAUUUGUUUGGAUUUCUAUUUUUAGUAUUCUGCAUACUUGUUAUUUCUGUAUCACAGAUUUCUAUAGUAAUGGUUUAUUUCCAACUAUGUGGUGAGGAUUAUCAUUGGUGGUGGAAGAGUUUUGUUAUUUCGGGAGGAUCUUCCGUAUAUAUACUGAUUUAUUCUAUAUUUUAUUUCUUUACAAAACUGGAAAUAACAGAAUUUAUACCAAUACUACUUUACAUUGGUUACACAGGACUUAUGGUGUUAACAUUUUGGAUCUUAACUGGAACAAUUGGAUUCUUUGCAGCAUAUACAUUUAUACGAAAAAUAUACGCUGCGGUGAAAAUUGACUAAUUAAGGACUUGAACUUGAAUCUAUUUAUUUCUAAGCAUUAAUUUAAAUAUUGAUUAUGUGCGUGUAAUUAGGGAAUGCAUAUGUGCAGGUUUGACUGUGUGUAAAUAAUUUUAACUAAAUAGCUUUUUGUUGUAUACUUACUUAUAUGUCUACUUGUGCAUUACAAAUAGUAAAAUGAGUGUUGCUUAGCUUUUAUUUUUUAAUUUUUAAUUAAAAGGUUGUUGGCCUAAUUUUUAGAAAAGACACAAUGCACAAUGCUAAUUCUAAAUAUUUAAUUGAUAGAACAAACAUUACAAGUGUAUUUUAAAGCAUCAUUAUAUGGAAAUCGUCAUCAGGUCCGUGCGUCUUUCAGCCCUCGGUAACCUUAAUGUUAUUCAACUUAAAAAUAUACAUAACAAAACUGUACUUAUAUGAAAUUUUUCCUUUUUUUACAAUAGCUAAAAUAUUACUUAUUGGGUUUAUACUUUGAAUUGUAUUCUGUUAAAAAAAAUUUUGGGAGCAGUAAUGUUGGUAAUUUUUUUUUAAUGUAAAUAUAUAAAUCUCCAAAGUUCGAAAUAAUUAUCUCAUCUUCUGGAAACACCAACUAAAAUAUUCCAUCACUAUAAAAUUCAAAUUCUGUAAGAUUAGUAAGCUUUUACAAAUCGGAUGUCAUCAAAUCAUUGUCAUCAAUUACAUUAUAAUAUCGAUAUAUAAGAUUAAAACAUAUAUCGAUACAUAUGAUAUAAUCGGAAUUAUAGAAAACGUUUUGUCAUGUAUGUACAGUUGUACACAAGCUAUUUUAUGUGCGGACCUCAUCCUUUUUAAAUGAAUAAAUACUUCACAUUGCUAUAAGUGCUUUAACUUGCAAUAAAUUAUUUCAAAGAGAAUUGACAUUUA